UCUAAUCCUUCAGGAAAGUAUUCCACAAAUAAUAAAAAUUGCCUUGUUGUUCGAAAACCUUUCGCCAAAUUCCAGUUUACCCACUCCCAAUUUUAAAAUCGAAUGUACUUUUUAUAUUUUUGACCAGAGUUCUUUUCUAGAAAACUUUGUAUAGAAGUAUAAAUAUACCGCGCUGCCAUUUGGUUAGUGGAAACUAAAUCAAAACUUUUUUGCUGAACUCAGUCAAAUUCCAAAAUUGCAAUUUUCACUGAUAAUUAUAUCAGACAUUUCAUGAAAUUAUAACACCUUAAAAUAAUCAAAGUGUGUGGUCCAUUGAUUACCUUAUCAUUGUUCAUCCGACUCAUCAUGUUUCCCACUUCAGAGUUUCAAUUCCGCCUUGAAUAAACAGUUUUUCUGUUUGUCUGAGUAUCUUAUUCAUACCAAUCUCUUACCUUUAUUGUACAUUCACAUUCCCUUUGUAUACUUGCUCUCAACAAAUUAUUCACUCCAAAAUGUCCUAUUAUGAACCAUAUUCAAGUCGGCAGAGAAUGUUACCUAACACACCAGACAAUUAUGACGAUGCAUCAGAUCACCCACAGUUUGCUUCGCGGAGUGGCUCGUCUAGUUUACAAUCUUCGCUGUCCAAAAGAGCCAACUCGACGCGAAGAAGCUUGAAAGAGCUCAGCGAAGGAGUUCAACAACGUUUUCAGCCAAUUACACACGGAAGAUCGUUGCAGAGAAUUACGGAAGAUGAUUCGCCUUCUACUCCAACAGCCCCUCCACGCCCAAAUCGACAACUUUAUCGAAAUUCCAUUGAUCAUCUAAGCAUGUCAGAAGGAGCUUUAAAACAGCAGACAUCAGAAGAAAGCCCGUCGGAAGUGUCAGAAGGGCAAAGAUCAAAUUGGAGUCAGUCAGUUGUUAAAAUUGAGAAUGCACUUCAUCGGAAUUAUUACACUAUUGCUUAUUCAAUUGUCAUUAUUGCGUACUUUGCCGGAUUCGCUGAAUAUUUGUAUUUCCGUCUGACGUCACUCAUUGUACCGGAGCACCUUGUUUUCCAUCCGCCGUGUGAAGGAAAAGCUACACGAAAAAUAGGAAAAGAUGGAUUUCACUACGGAAUAUCCAUUUGUGCAUUUAUCGGUGUUGCCACAUUUCAGCUCAUGUGCUUUUUUGGGCUCACAAUAUCUGAAAAGUGGACUCAAUCAAAAGAGAAUCCACGUGAGAGUAGACGAGCUGCUCAAAGAGAAGAGUUUGCACUUUUUGUGAGAACAAUGAUAUCUUCUACAAUGUAUCGUGUUUUCUUAUGCUAUGGAAUCUGUUCAUUGAUCAACUGUGCCAUUAUUUUCUACAUGGUUGGAAUUCAAGAUUCUCUUGGUGACGUUGUCAGCACAAUAUUCCUUUAUGUUUUUGAUGCUGUUGUUAUUCUCUACUUCAUUGCAUUUCCAUUGACAACAGUCAUAUAUCACCCAUAUGUUCAUUGCUUUAGAAGAAGAGGCGCUCCUGCUCGAUUCACACUGCCUGAUGUUGGACAAAGAACUCAGACAUCUACACUAGAAAGCAAUAUUAGUGGUCUAGAAGAAGCAAUGGGAAAAGCUACUGGCGGAACUCCUCCUGUUCACAGAAAUCCAAGUCCUCCUGUAAUUCCAUCAUUGAAUUUUUCACGACAAGAUCCUCUUCGACAAGGUCAUCGUUCAACUGGCUCUAUUUCAACAGACAUUCCAGUUCUUGAAGAAUAUCUUCAUUCACCACGUCGACAACUUCCACAACCCCGUCUUGCCGUCGAAGAGAAUCUCGAUGAUGAACGUAUCACGACUUUUGUUUGAAAUAUUCCUUUAUUUAUAGUUUAAAAUUUGAUCUCGUUUCGGUUUGAAAAGUUUUAAUAUCGUCAUACAAUGUCGGGUUUUUAAUGCUUCAUAUUUAGUUCAGUUCUGCUUCUUGUCAUCUCGGUUCACCAAAUAAAUCAAAUUUCAAUAAAACUGAAUCUUUAAA